AUGGGUGUCGAACCUCCAUUCAUUUACGACCGACCCUCGACAUACACCUUCGGGAGUCCAACUGAUCGAGCUUUCAAUCCCAAAGCUGCAACUCACGCUUCUUGGACUCCCAGACCUCCAAAACCCAAGCAAGAUGGACCGCUCGUUGAUUUUAACAAGCAUCCUGAUUCCUACAUAGUCGUUCCUUACGGCAACCUCAACGCCAAACCGAUGCCUCCCAAUACCCGCACGAAGGUCGUCCGGGCCCGAUAUGUUCAGCUCUUCUUGAGGGUUUGCGCUUUGAUCGGGGCUCUGGGCUGCCUCUUCUGCGUGAUCGCCAUCAACAAGACAUCGGCGACGGUGGGAUGGAUCAUUCGCUGCGCUCCCGCCGUUGCCAUCCUUCACACCUUGUAUUCGGUCUUUCACCUUGCCCGGGCACCUACAAGCCGCACUCCGGCCUCGACAGCAAGCUACAUGAUCUUCGCCGCGAUGGUGGACACGGGCCUGAUUCCCUUCUGGGUCUUCUGCGCAUGGGUGGCACAGGCAGACUACACAAGAAACGAAUAUGGAUGGAGCACGCUGUUCAAUGACUCAGAUCUGUCAUACAAGAUCAUCUACGCUUUCUUCAUUCUGUCCUGCGUUGAAGGUGCCCUGACGGUGGUGUCUCUGCUCAUGGACAUCUACUUGGGUGUCAAGUUCAGACAGAUCUCCAGGCUUCCACCAGACAUGAAUCCUCUGGAGUUGAACCUCACUUCCAGGCAUAAACGGAAUAAAUCGGAAAUCACCGAAAAGAACAUGAGGUCGUCAGAGCUGGCGGCUAAGCGGGGAUCUCAGGCUUCAGGCUUCAAGAGAGUCCCUUUCAUUCAUACCCGCACCGACUCGGCGGACAGCGUCACGCUUUAUGGCGGCGACAGUGCCCGCAACUCCAGGGUAGAGUUCCGCAAAGAACUGGAAGAUAACGGAAAGGACCCCUGGCGAUGGUCACGAAACUCGUCUCCAGAACGACCCGGGUCCGCGGUCAAUCCCUCUCCAAAUUCCCGAUCAGCUGGCAGUGGACUUGACUUCCGCCCAGAACGCUCAUCCAUCCUCAAAGAGAAGCCCUCUCGUCCGUCUUCGUGGCUGUCAUAUCUCGAUUACGAAGGCGUGCCUAGUCCGAUGAGCGAGGAAGCUUCCGCAGAACUAGACCACGAAGUCCGUCCCGUCUCCCCUGUGUCUGCCAUCUCGGUUACGGACAUGACAUCCAGCAGGGUGCAUCGUGAACGGGAAAACUGGUACCAUGGCUCCCCAGCACGCCACAGCCAGGUUCAUUUACCAACCUAUGGCAACAACAGCCAGACUCACCUCCCCUCGCCCACCACGAGCAAGCCUAAUCUGCAUCAAUCACUUCCUGUGCCAUCUCCGAGCUCCCCAGCAAAGAAACGAAGCCGUGAGCCUCUGGGCAUGAAUCCUCCUACACCAACGCACUCAACUUUCAAUGACGAAAAUGCAUUCGUCACGCCAGUCAGGGACUCCUGGACCCAGAAUGAUGGGAACCGAACCGCGCUCCACGAUGCAGAUGGCAACGCCCAGGUGCCUCUCAGAGGUACACCCACUAGCGUCAAACCGUCCAGCUUUGUCGGUAGUGGUGGUAAGGCACGCUUCUACGGCAAUCUACGACAAUCCGUCAAUACUGUGUCGCCCUCUCACGAUCAAAGCGACAAGACGGCCAAUGUUCGAGUGAACGUCAACGAGGUCCAGGAUACGGACGAACGGACUCGGACAAUGCAGACAGAAAGCGACUACUCUGCCAAUUUUGAGGUCUAUUCCAAUUCUGACGACGAAGACGAGGGCAGAUUGAGCGCCAACAUUACCAAGGCGCAGACAGCUUCCCCGACGCAGUGGAACGGUGCCCGACAAACCUCGAACUCGACUGGGUUCGACGUGAACAGUGGGUACGCGGGACUGGGGGCAGAGUUUGGCAAGGGGAUGGGUAGACGGAGAGACGUCAGCGGCAAAGUGGCUGAAGAGGGUCGAGCGAGUCCGACGAGAAACGGGGCAGCGGGAUGGGAGAGAUUCAAGGGUUUGUGA